GUUUUCUUUUCCUCUAGCUGCUUAUAUUAAAAGCGGGAAACAAAAACUUAUGAGUCAAAUCUAAGAAAUCAACCGGUAAAAAGAAUUUAAAAAUGUAUGAUACAAGGAAACAAAUCUAUACUUCAUGUUCUUUGAUAUCUUCAUUGAAUCUACGAGUUUGAAAGUGUUCAGAGAAAAUGGCAUUGAUUGGAAAACGAUGCACAGAAUACAUUGAACUUUCUGAAAGAGGUUGUGCUCUCAAAAACACAAAUACAACAUCUUACGGUUCAACACAAUUGGUGGAAGUUUCUGUAAACUUUUUGGCAUCUUAUACCUCUUCUUCGUCAUCACAACAAGGAGUCAAUACAGUGACCAGUAGUAUCAAUGAACCCCGUAAAACACAUGUACCUAAACACAUACCAGAUGAAAAGAUACUGUCUGGAAAGUAUGAGAGUUUGGAUUAUGACAUUGUUGAAAAUGACCUGUUUGAGGAGAUGCUUAAAAAUAAUACAAAUAAGGAUUACAUAAAGACUGAGUUUUUAAGAUGGCUGAUCAUGGGUAUGAUAGGUGUAUUAACUGGCCUGGUUGCCUGUUUGAUAGAUGUAUGUGUCAUAAAAACAACACAAUUAAAAUUUGGAUAUAUUAAAGAUUACAUAGCUACUUGUUUAGAAAACUUCUGUUUAGAGGUACCCUUGCUGAUUUGGAUAUGUUGUAAUGCAUUUCUUAUACUGAUUGGUUCCUUCCUGACUGCUAAAUUUGCUCCGGUGGCCUCAGGAAGUGGAAUCCCACAGAUAAAAUGUUUCUUGAAUGGUGUAAAAGUUCCACAUGUGGUCCGACUGAAGACUAUUGUUAUUAAGAUAGUAGGAGUCAUAUGUGCUGUGUCUGGUGGACUCAUUGUAGGAAAGGAAGGACCAAUGAUUCAUUCUGGAGCAGUGAUAGCUGCUGGGAUUUCUCAGGGCAAAUCCAGUACAUUCCUCUUUGAUUUUAAGAUAUUUGAAAUGUUUAGAUCUGACCAUGAAAAAAGAGAUUUUGUGUCAGGAGGUGCUGCAGCAGGUGUGUCUGCUGCCUUUGGAGCUCCAGUUGGAGGAGUUUUGUUUAGCUUGGAGGAAGGGGCCAGUUUCUGGAAUCAAGCUUUGACCUGGAGAAUUUUUUUUGCCUCCAUGUUGUCAACAUUUACAUUAAACGUUGUACAGAGUUUUGUGAAGGGUCAUCCAUUAGACCUGUCUUCUCCUGGUCUCUUCAAUUUUGGUAAAUUUGAGACAACAACCUAUGGAGGAUUAGAAAUACCAAUAUUUAUUUUAAUGGGUAUUGUAGGUGGACUUCUUGGUGCUUUAUUUAACCAUAUUAACUGCAAACUGACCAUUUUUAGAAGAAAAUAUAUAACCACAGUUUACUUGCAAGUUUUAGAAGCAGUUAUAGUUGCUCUAUGUACAGGGACAGCUUUCUAUGUCUGCUUAUAUUUUGAUAAUGAUUGCCAGGUGAUGGAGAGUUCAGAAUCACAAGAGAAUGGAAUUCAGUUCUUCUGUGAUGAUGGCAAGUUUAGUUCCAUGGCUUCAGUGAUGUUCAGAUCACCAGAGGAAAGUGUUAAAAGUUUAUUCCAUGAUUUGCCAGAGACCUACCAACCAACCACAUUGAUAUUAUAUUGUACCAUGUGUUUUUUCCUUGCUUUGUGGACGUAUGGUCUUUUUGUUCCAAGUGGAUUAUUUAUCCCAAGUCUUCUGAUUGGUGCUGGAUGGGGUCGAUUGGUUGCCAUACUCCUACAUUACAUCAGCCCAACAGCUAAAUGGGUGACCUUUGAAAAGUAUGCAUUACUUGGAGCAGCGGCACAACUAGGAGGCAUAGUGAGAAUGACAAUUAGUCUGACAGUCAUUAUAAUGGAGGCUUCUGGGAACAUUACUUUUGGACUUCCUGUUAUGAUUGUGUUGAUGGUUGCCAAAUGGGUUGGGGAUAUUUUUAAUGAGGGAAUUUAUGAUAUGCAUAUACACAUGCAAGGAGUUCCACUGGUUGGCUGGGAACCAUCUUCUAUGUUAUCCACUAAAAGAGCAAGUGAGGUGAUGAGCCACCCAGUAACAGUAUUUAGAACCAAAGAAACAGUUGGCAGAAUUAUAGAUGUUCUGAAGUCAGAGACACACAAUGGAUUCCCAGUAGUGGACAAUUAUGAUCCUUUUGUUGAACAGUCUUUCCAGGAUGAGGCUGAGAGUUUUGGGAGGUACAAAGGUUUAAUAUUGAGAUCACAACUUAUAGUUUUAUUGAAAAUGAAGGCAUUUGAAGAGCAUGAAGAUGUUCAAGAUGUGAAAUACAUAUUGAAUAUCAAAGAUUUUAGAGAUGCCUAUCCUAGGUUUAUACCUAUACAUCAAAUUAAUAUAUCUCCACAUGAAAGAGAAUUUACAAUAGAUCUACAGCCUUAUAUGAAUCCUGGAGCAUAUACAGUCUCACAUAAUUCCUCAUUUCCAAGAAUAUUCAGAUUAUUUAGAGCUCUUGGACUUAGACAUUUGGUUGUAGUUAAUGAAAAUAAUAAGGUGAUUGGCAUGGUUACGAGAAAAGAUUUAGCCAGAUACAGAAUCUCAUCUCAUUUUGGAAAUGUACAGAUUGAUGAGUUGUAUAUUUCACAGUCCUGACAGAAAUUAACUGAUAAAACCCACCUUUGCUAUGAUUUAAUGUUUGUAUUGUCAGAGAUGUUUCUUUGUUGUUACUUUUUAGGGAUCAAUAUAGGGAAUGCUAGAGUGUUAAUAGAAGAAAUAACAGUGCAAUAAUUGAAUGUUUGUGAAGGGAUAGUGUUCCCUCUGGAUAUCUUUUGUGUUUGUACAUUAACUUACCAUAAUGGUAGUGCUAUAUUAAAUUAUAGUUGAACCCUAUAUUGCAGAUGUUAAUAUAUUCUAAAUAUAUAUGUAUGCUAUAAUGCAUUCAUUUGCAA